UGCAUCUCCUAAACCUUAACAAAUCAAAUAAUUCUUGUCCCAAAAACCGGUCUUCAGGAAUUUCUUAUGGUGUUUAAUGAUGAAGUGGGGAAGAAAAAAAACUUCUCCAUCCUCGUUCUCGUCCCACCUUCCUUCACUUUCUCGUAUGUUCCCCACUGCAUGGCUUUCCAUAUUCAAGCGAAUGAGCAUCCAUUCUGAACCUAAACCUGCAAAAGAAAAGCAAAAAGAGAUGAGGAAUUCUAUGUCAGUGAACUCAUCAAAGUUUGUUGGUGGAGGAGAAAGAUUCCAUGGUGGCGAUGGUGAGGCAUUUUGGAAGCUGUCAUUUGGAGAAGAUAGCGCUGAUGGCAAGACUAGUGAAAGUGUAUCCCGGUCAGCUUGGUAUGAUUCAGAUGAUGAGCUUGAUUUUGCACCGUCAAGUUUUCGGAGCUGUGGAUCAAAUGCUACGAGCAUAAAGGAAAAAGAGGAAACUAAGGCGUUCAGCAAUAUGGCUUUUGGUAAAAUGAAGAUCAAAGAAUUUCGUAGGGAUACGCAGAUUUUACCAGACAUGAAUAUGUACAAAGGAGAAAAGACGACAGUACUUAAGUCACCAAGGAGCAGGAUGAAAACCGAGAAAGAAUUGAAGUUGAAGAAGACAAAUGAAAGAGCUAUGGAAGAGAAAAGGUUGAAAAGACAAAAUAAAUCAGGUGAAGCACAGCAUAAAUCAGCAAAAUCAGCAGACAAGAAAACCUUGGAACUGGAACCUUUGAGAACACUUUCAAUUAUUGAAAGGGAAAAUCUGAAGUUGGCGGGUGAUUAUCAGAGAAAGCAUCAACAUCCAUCUACCAUUAAUCUAAGAACCUCUAAUUUAACAGCAAUUAAAGACGGCUCUGCAUUUCCAGCUCAGAAAUUAGCGGAAACUGAUGUAUUUUCUCCAGAAGAGUUUAGUUCAGAGGGGGAAAAGUGGAAAGUAAAGAAAAAUGAAAAGAUGAAAGUGAAGAGUGAGAAACAGAGGAAAUCUCUUUACAUGAGCAGAGAAUUACCGAGGAGGAGAAUGAAGCAAAACAACAAGGUCCGGGCUUUUUCUCCAAGAACAGCUUCCAGAGUUGAAAUCUGCAAAAUAAAAGCUCUGGAAGACAUGAAGAAGGCCAAAUUGAAGAUGAAGGCAGCAGAACAGACGGCAAUUAGCCGAAGAACUGGAUUAGAGAACUUUGCCAUGGUGAAAUGCUCAUUUGAUCCAGAGAGGGAUUUUAGAGAUUCAAUGAUCGAGAUGAUCAGGGAGAACGGGAUCAGUCAACCAGAAGAACGAGAAGAACUCUUGGCUUGUUAUCUGACACUAAAUUCUGAUGCAUACCAUGAUCUAAUUAUCAAAGUAUUUCAGCAGGUAUGGCUUGACCUGGAUCAGGCCUGUUCUGACACAGUCCUACAGAAAGAACAAUGUUUCUUUGAUUAAUAACUUUCUAUGUGAUGAUGACCAAAAUUGUGAAUGAUUUUCUAGUUUCUACAGUUACACUUGCACUUAUGCUUCUAAUUUGCAUCAAAUUACAAUUUUAGCUUUAAAUCCAUAGUUUAAGAGUCUGGCUAGAAGUGACUUGACAUCAAGCAUGCAAAUGCAAGAAGAUAUUCACCUUUACUUACACGCUUAUGCCCAUAUCUCCAUUAUAAGCAAAGUCCCUAGACAUUUUCUCGUACUGUCUCAUGCUUUCCUACUGCACCUUCAUUCUGCACCAUCAUUUUGCUGUUGGCUAUUGUUAGCACUUAGCAGCAAUCCAGAACAGGGCACUUCUUUCCAACUUUCCAGCAUAAUGGAUUCUGAUUUUUCAUAAUUCGGUAAUUUCUCUUCUGUAGUCUCAACAUUCAUUUCACAACUACUAGUGUAUGGUGCAUGCUACAGAAUUACUGCCACGUUACUUCCAUAAGCCUAGAUUCAAUUUGUGUCUGGUGCCAUAUCUUGGGAUAGCAUUGCUAGUUCUCUGAAGCAAAUUAGACUGCAAACUUUUACCAAUGUUAGAUUUGUUCAAGAAUCAUUCUUCGCCAGCUAAGAACUAAAGAACAACUCCAUCUACUUCAAUCAUGCUACACCCAGGCUCCUUGUUUAUUUUUUAGGCCUUUAUCUUUCACCUCACAUUCAUAACAUCAUCCUAUCUUUGCAAUGAUGCAUAUGUAUUUGACAACUGAACAUAACCAGCACCAUUACUUGGUCUAACUCUAAG